ACCCAUGUUGGCAGGAACCUCAACCUCACACCUCGCUGGGAGCGCUUUCUGCUCGGCACCGUGGCACAGGGCUGGUUGCUGCUGGGAGAAGCCUUUCCCUUCUAGGUUUUGCUAAAGGAGCUGUGCUCCUCGUUCACCAGGAACAAAGCGGAGCAGCACUGCAGCGGCUGGCCCACGUCAGGCUGGGCCGUGCCCUUCCUCCAGGCAGCAGCGUGUCCCCACACACAGGAGCGCUCGGUGCCACGUGGCACUGGGAUGUGUCCCCAGGACACCCAACCCAUCCCACUGCUGCCUGCCGGAGCCUGGUGUGCCUCACAGAGCCGUGGGCUCUCAGCACGGCUGGGUUGAGGUUCCUGCCAACGUGGGUGGUUGUGCUCUGGGUGCCCCCGGCUGCCGGCCUGGCGCUGCUGCUGGGCUUCCUUGCAGGGUGCUCAGCUUCAUGAGGUAGAUUAGAUCCAGGUUCCAUUAGAAACCACUGGAAAUGGGUUCCCAAGGAGUUCUAAGGUAAAUCAAUAAUGUGUGUAGUCUCCCUGGCUGGAUGUGGUGGCUGAGCUUACGGUUCAUUUAAGCCUUGGAUUUACAGUGCUUCCCAAAUGGUUCUGCUGGGGCUGACUGACAUCUGGGUCAGACCUGAGACGGAGUUCCUCAGCAGUGCCCAGCAGGUCUGAUUUCCUCCCCCUGUCCACGUGGAACGGGGCUGCAGGGCGGUCCCCUCCAUGCCCAGCUGGCAGGCGGUGCUAUGGGAGCCCAGGGUGCCACUGUCCCCAUCCCCAUCCCCAUCCCUGUUCCCAUCCCUGUCACCAUCCUCAAACCCUGGCACUGGUGUCUGAGUUGCCCAAACAGGGCUCAGGCUGGGCAUGAUGCAGGGCCAUGGUCAGGGGAAUCUGCCGUGCCCUCUUCCCCACGCUGCCAUUAUUAUCAGGUUUUUCCCUGUAGCUCUGUAAGGCGGAGAUGGAGCUGCUAGAACAGAAUCUAUUUUGAUUACUAAAACUCCUCGCGAUGCUAAUUUAGUCAGCUCGUACGUUACAAAUGUAGGCUCUGUGUGUUCAAACUGUUCUUCUUUUUUUACUUAAUAAGUUCUCGAGAUAGUUGCCAUGGCAAUAAUCCUGGAUUCUGAGGAUACGGACAGGCCCGCAGGAGCCAGCACAGAGGGAGCAGAGCCCGACUGCCUCAUGGGGCUCUGAGCAGUGUCCCCGAGUGGUGUCUGGCAGUGCAAUGUCUCCACAGCAGCUGGAAGUUCUGCCUUUUGGCAGUGGCAGAUGGAGUUUGGGGGCGAGGGGUGAGCUGGUGAGCAGCAGGAGCGGAGCCUGGAGAGCCUCCUCCCCGUGCACCGGGGGAAAAGUGGUGGUUUUGGGGCUGACCGCGUGGCCCCGUAACCAAGAUCCCAUCUCCCGUGUGCCGGGAGGGACCGCAGCCCUCGCGCAUCCUCUUACACCGCUGUGAGUGCAUUAAAUGAGCGAGCAGAGCGACAGCUGGGCAGGAGACUGCGAACAAUGAAGGUAAAGUUGGCUUUCAGCGACGUGACCCUCUCCAGGCUGCACGCCAGAGGACCAUAAAUAAUGGAUGGGAGCAAGCACCCCGGCCAGCACGCUAAUGUACGGAGCGGCUCAGCGCUGCUUCGCCAUUACGUCAGUGCCGCGCCGGGCUCUCCUAUCAGCACUGUAAUUUUACUGCUUUUAAAUAAUAAAUUGUGCUGGGAACUGAAAUACUCCUUUGCCCCAUUCAAGCCUACCAGGGUGUGCAAGCACACAGAUGAAUUUUACAUAUGGUAAAGAUAAAUUUUGUAUCAGGCUGCAGAAAAAUUCCUCACGGCCGGGGCUCGGCCCUGCCAGGCGAUGGGCGCAGGGUCCUUGGGCACAGGCCAGCACUGGUGCGUGGGAGAAGUCCCCAUGGUGGCUGUGCUGCUGGGAGCCUGAGGGCCGUUUUUGGCUUCUUCCAGCAUGGAUAGUUGUCCAGGAGCAAAAGAAACUUCUUACAAAUGACAGUGUGGUACAGCACAAAGCCUGAGAUAACCCAGAGCUUGCUGCAAUCCCAGUGCGCUUUUGAUGACCUGGGUUUGCAGUGGGGAGGGAUGAGGCGUCCCGGUGCCCUCAGGGACCCUUUUUGAUGGAUGCUGCAGCCUGUUUGUGUGCCUUCCAGCUGGGCUUCUGGAAAUGCAAUGCAAAAAUAUCCUGUAACUGUGAUGGGAGAAUAUACGUGCACCAAAGCUGUGCAGGAACUGAGCAGAUUGUGUCCCUGUCCCUGUGGUCGGUCAGUGUCCCCAUGGCAGCCCCAUGCCGUGCCAGCAGGAGCUGCUCAGGAGGUGAUGCUCUGUUCACUCACCUUUUGCAGCAGGACUUAAGGAAUUGUUAUUUCUGAAUCAGGAAGUGAGCAAUGCCACGGAGCCGCAUAAGAAAGUGUAAGCAGCUUACGGCGGAUUACAGUGACUGACCACUUGGCUAUGCAAUUAGAUGGGGCGAUGGUGUGAUAAAUCAGGAGCAGCUGCUUACCUGUCCCAUGAUGCUGUUUAUCUCGGGCACGUGCGCUCCACUUUCCUUGGGUGGAAGGGUGCCUGGAGCUUGUUUUGCAAGAGCAAAGUGUCUGUGGGUCCCUUGCAGCCCAAAGCCACUCUGUGAUUCUGUGGUGUCAUUCCCCAGGCAGGGUGCACAGCUUUGUGUUGGGCUGCCUGAAAAUGUGUGGGUUCCACUUGCAGACCAUCUGAGUGUAGGUGCUGCAGGGCAGCACGGUGUACAACACACCAGGCCGUGUGUUGAUGCUGCCCAGCAGUUCUAUGAGACCUCCCAUGCCUGGGGACUCUUGGACCCCAAUGCACCCCAGAGCCACCCAUGCUGUCCUCCUGGGUCCUACAUGGGGACCUGUGCUGCAGCUUUGCUUCUCCCCAUCCCAGCAUCUCGUCAGUGCUUGGCCUGGCAGUGCAUCCUUGGCAUCCCCAGCAGUGCAGGCACCUUCCCAGUGCUUCUCAACUUCAACCACAGUGUUUACACCUGGCUGCUGCCUUGGUGGUGCGGAGGGCACCCGGUGCCAGGUGGUCCUGGGCCCUUUUUCCUCCUUUUCCUCCUGCCUUAGGAAAGCUGCUCCCUAGGGGCUCAGAGCAAAGCUGUGACGUGGGGUUGGCACCUGGGGGGCACCAUGCGCUGACAUCAGCUGGCGUGUUGUGGUGUGCUGGUGAUCCAGAGGCACUACACAGCUUCCAGAUCUAGGUGAGCCGCAGUAAAUUGCCUGUAGUUAAAAAAUGAUGCUGAUUUAAUUCAAAUGCAAUAACGAUUAACACCGCUGAUCUCAACUCGCUGAAUUUCCUCGCAGCUCCAAUUGAUGGGAGAAAACCUCAGCACAGGGAAGGAGGGAGAACUUUGUGCUCGUGCCACUGCGCUGCGUUUGUCUCCUCGUGCAUCUGCAGCUCCCAGCAGCUGCAGCUCUGCUUUAGUCCUAGCAGUGAGCAGCACUGUGCCACAUCACCUCGUGGUGGGCACCGUCUGUAUGGAUACGUGCGCACAUCUCCGCUGUGCUUGGGCUCCUGCAGUGCUUGUUCCUUACUGGAAGCCUGGGGAAUGGCUUUACCUGCAUGCCCACAGCCCGUACCCUCACUGCACAGUGCUGCAGAUAUCCACAGAUGUUCCUGCAGGCUUUGGGCAGCCCGAGCUCUGGCUGCUCCUUGUGCCAUGCCAGGCCAGCAGUGCGCCGUGCCGCUCGGUGCGCGGUCACCCAGCUCCGAGGGAGCCGGGGAUGCUAACGAGUUUGCAUACAUUGAAUUACAGGCAGGGCUUUAAUAGUAUGGUUUUUAGGCCCUGGCUCCAAUCCAACAUUUUUUCGUGCUAUUAUCCUCUAUUUACAGCUUUCUGAAAUCAGCUGAUGUCACCGCACAUAUGUUUAGAGCCGUUGCUAAGGUGAUGAGCUGCAGCGCGGGCACCCACGCAGCCCCAAUGAAAGGCUGGGAGCUGCUGGGCAGCGUCUGUUCCACUGCUGCUUCGUGGGGAGUGCUGAGAGCCACGGAGCUGUGCCACCCCGACAGGGACACAGUGGGCACCGUGCAGCGGCUCUGCUGCACCACGGGCUGCGUUUAGGGCUGCAGCUGCUCUUCACCCAGAGGCAGGCAGCGAUUGCCCCAAAUCCACGCACCCGAAGGCUGGUGCCCAUCCCACGUCCCCUUCGUGUCCCUUUGGUGGGGGUCUAUCCUACGUCCCCUUUGCGUCCCUGCAGUGGCACAUGUGGGUGAUGUGUUCCCGUAGGCAGAGCCCAUCUCCCAUGGAAGCCAUCCCCCAGAAUGGAAAUCAAUGGACCAUCCUUCCCUGCGGCGAAUGGCACCGAGCUGCCAUCACGGCAGGGCAGGAUCCUGUCCCACGCAGAGCAGGGCUGCUUGUGGUGUGAAAUGGAAUAGCAGUGCCCAACUGGAGCUGCCCACCAAGAUUACGCUGUAGGAGUGUUAUGGGGGAAAAGUCCUCUUGGGUUUAAGCUGGUGUGUGAAAUGUGUGUGAAAAAAAUCCUCACAGUCCGAGGUGUUUCUGUGUCCUUUAGACAAAAAGGAAUAAGCAAAAUCCGUCUGCCAUUUCAGCUGUGAGAAGACGUGGAUAUGUGUGUAUCCAUCUCUAUUUUCCAGUCCUCCAGUGCACACCAAGCAUCUCAAAUGAUGACAAAUGUUUUCUUCCCUGGGACCUCACUGUUCUCCCACGGAUAUUUCUUUCCUUUUUUUAAAGGAUGCUCGCUAGGGCUUGACCUAGUUUGGCUGCCGUCGCGCUGCAAAACGAUGCUGCACGCACCCAGCACAGCUCCCUGCAUUCCUGCUCGGUGGGCUGGGCAGAAACAGCCUCGCAUUGCCCUUUCCAUUCCCUUUCUCCUUCCCUCCCCCCUGUAAGGACAGGAUUUAGCACGUGGCACAGGUGUUCAGGCACCGCCGCAGGAAGCGAGAGCCUGGGUAGCUAAUUUUAGCAUAAAAUAUAAAUCUUGUUAAUUACUCUCUGUGCAAGGAGCAGAGAGGUGAGGGCCAUGGCAAGGCAUUUGCCCUGUCUCGCUCCCACCGAAGCUGCCACAGCUGGUGUUGCUGAUGGGCAGUGCUGGUGGGCAGUGCUGAUGUGCCAGGCCCUAUUGCAGGAACGACGCCAUGAAUGUGGAGCUGACGUUGGGGUGAUGCUGUCCCACUCCCUGCUGCUGUGCUGCUGCUGCCACGUGCGGGUCGUGGUGUGGGGCAUGGCAUGGGGCUGCUCUCAGCAGGGCACUGCUGGGGCUGCCUGAUGUGGAGCAGUGAGGCCUGGGGGCACGGCCACAUUAGAAAGGAGCUUUUAUUAAAAUAGUGCAUUGGGAUGUGGCAGGGUAGGGCUGACCUGCUGGCUGCUGUGCUCUGGGGCCGCUGCAGGGACAGGGCUGUGAGCCAGGCUUGUCCCUGGGGUCCCUGCUGGGCUUGUCCCUGUAGGGUCUCUGCUGGCUUUGUCCCCUACAGGGACUCCGCUGGGCUUGUCUCUGUGGGAUCGAUGCCAGGCUUAUCUUUAUAGGGUCUCUACUGGGCUUUGUCCCUGCUGGUCCAUGCUGGGUGUAUAUCUAUAGGGUCCCUGCUGGGCUUGUCCCCAUAGGGUUGAUGCUGGCUUUAUCCCUAUAGGUCUUGCUGGGCUUCCCUCUGCCUGCCUCCCAGCUGCUCUGUGCAGCACAGCCCUGCCCUGCGCCUUGCUGCAGAUGGGGCCUUGCACUGGGGGUGCUGCUUUGCACAUCCCCUCACCCCCCCACAGGUCUGGGUUUUUAUUCUGGGAAUCCAGAUAUAGCUCCGUGUGAUCAAGUGCUCAUGACGAUGUGGAGUAAUCCAUACUUGGGGCAAAUCCAGGGCUUAAAACUCCUAAUAGCCAUGUCCUGGGUGCUGCAGCGUGUGCUGCGCCGAGCUGGGGAGUCAAGGUCUUCGCUUCUGAUGGUUUAAUUUGGACAAUGAGUAUCACUUAAUAGCAGCGUUUUAUUACAUUCGUUUCACUCUCACUUUUCAAAGAGUUCUUGUGAUGCAUUCAGGCUCCAGGCCCUUUGGAUGCUAAUGGACUUCUGCUGGGGUUUUGUUUUUGUUGCUGCGUAGCACCAGGGCUCCCAUUCGCCGGGGCUUGGUAUGAAGAACGCCCAGCGCCGGACAAUGCGCCCAUUCACAGCAGCACAAUGGAGGUGGAACGGUCCUCACGUAAAUCAGCAUGCAGAGCCCCAUCCGUCCGUCUGUCUGUCCGUUUGCUGGGCUGGGAGUGUGAGUGCUGUGAUGCCAAAGGAAUGUGACGGUUGAUGAUGAGGCGAUGGCAGCAUAAAUGAAGAUCAAGUAAGGAAGGCAGAACGAUGCCCAAGGGUGGGUGUUCUAAAACACCACAGCCAGAAGAUUUCUCUCUCAGCAACGACAUGGUGGAGAAACAAACGGGGAAAAAGGAUAAAGAUAAAGUUUCUCUAACCAAAACUCCCAAGUUGGACCGGAGCGAUGGCGGCAAAGAGGUGAAAGAGAGGGCUACCAAGAGGAAGUUACCUUUCACUGUUGGAACAAAUGGAGAUCAGAAGGACUCGGAUACAGAAAAGCAGGGUCCAGAGCGGAAGAGGAUUAAAAAGGAGCCCGCCACGAGGAAGCCUGGCUUGCUGUUUGGGAUGGGCCUUUCAGGAAUCCGGGCAGGCUACCCGCUCUCUGAGCGCCAGCAAGUUGCUCUGCUCAUGCAGAUGACAGCAGAAGAGUCUGCAAACAGCCCAGUUGACACAACACCAAAGCAUCCCUCUCAGUCCACAGUUUGUCAGAAGGGAACUCCUAACUCUGCCUCCAAAACCAAAGAUAAAGUAAAUAAGAGAAACGAGCGAGGGGAGACUCGGCUGCACCGAGCUGCCAUCCGCGGGGACGCGCGGCGCAUCAAGGAGCUCAUCAUCGAGGGUGCCGACGUCAACGUAAAGGACUUUGCAGGCUGGACAGCAUUGCACGAGGCGUGCAACCGGGGUUACUACGAUGUUGCAAAGCAGCUGCUUGCUGCAGGCGCCGAGGUCAACACCAAGGGGUUGGAUGACGACACCCCCCUGCACGAUGCAGCAAACAACGGGCACUUCAAGGUGGUGAAAUUGUUGUUGCAUUAUGGAGGGAAUCCUCAUCAAAGCAACAGGAAGGGAGAGACGCCAUUAAAAGUAGCCAAUUCUCCCACCAUGGUGAAUCUGCUCCUGGGGAAGACGACAUACCCCUCCAGUGAAGAGAGCUCAACAGAGACCUCAGAAGAGGAGGAUGCCCCUUCCUUCGCGCCCUCCAGCUCUGUUGAUGGCAAUAACACAGACUCAGAGUUUGAGAAGGGUUUGAAGCACAAGCCCAAGGCCCAGGAGCCCCCCAAAACCAUCACCCCAGUAAAGGAUGAGUAUGAAUUCGAUGAGGAUGAUGAACAGGACCGGGUCCCACCAGUUGAUGACAAACAUUUGCUGAAAAAGGACUACAGGAAAGAGACUAAAGCGAACAGUUUCAUUUCCAUACCCAAAAUGGAAGUGAAAACUUAUACUAAAAAUAACACAAUUACACCAAAGAAAGCUGCCCACCGCAUCCUGUCGGACAGCUCGGAUGAGGAGGAGACCGGCGUCGCUGUGGGGACAGGUGAGAAGCUGCGCCUUUCGACCCACUCAAUAUUGCCCAGCACCAAGAUCCGGGAGCCUGCCAGCACCAAGGCACCGAAGGAGAAAAGCAAAGUAAAAAAGAAGCGGAAGAAGGAGACAAAAAGCAAAGAGGUUCGGUUUGGCAAAAAAAAUGACAAAUUUUGUUCCUCUGAAUCAGAGAGCGAAAACGUGGAGAGUGAGGAGGAUGAUAGAGACUCUCUUCAGAGCUCUAGCUGUGUAAAGGACUCCAGGCUAGUGCUAAAGGAAUCCUCCUUGUUUAACUCUCUGUCUGCCUCAUCAACCUCUUCUCAUGGGAGCUUAGGAUCCCAGAAACACAAUGCUAACCUUACAGAACAGCACUCCAAGCACUGGAGGACGGACAAUUGGAAAACCAUAUCUUCUCCAGCUUGGUCAGAUGUCAGCUCCUUGUCGGACUCCACGAGGACGAGGCUGACGAGCGAGUCAGACUACUCGUCUGAGGAGUCGAGCUUGGAGUCGCUAAAGCCAGUCAGGAAGAAACCAGAGCACAAAAAGAAAAACACUUCCCACAGCACUGUUUCUGAGAAAAAGAAUUCAUUCCAUAGCAACGUGGAUGGAGCGAUUCCAAAGCUGGACAAGGAGGGGAAGGUGGUUAAAAAGCAUAAAACGAAACAUAAACAUAAAAACAAGGACAAGGGGCAGUGUCCCAUCAGCCAAGACAUUAAAAUAAUCAAAACUUUUUCUUUUGAGUUUGAGGACUCUAAACAAAAGCCUGAGAAAGGCUUGAUAGUAGAGACAGAAAAUCCAGUCGAAAACAAAUUGAAAGUGUUAAAGCAUGAGCGAGAACACUGUAAGAAGGAAGACAAACUCCCCAAAGGUAAAGCGGAGGAGAAGGACUGGUUGUUUAAAGAUGAGACUGGAAAAUCCUCUAAAGAGGAGAAAUCAUUAAGAAAAGUCAAAGAUGGUAGUAAAGACAUGAGCAAAUCCUUCAGAGAAGGAUUGAGUAAAUCGGAAAAAGAGAAACCUGUAAAGGAGAAGUCUCCCAAAGAGGAAAAGCCGAGAAUACACAAGGAGGAGAGAAAGAAGAAGUCAAAAGACAAGCAGUCCAAGUCCGAAAAGAAGAACGAACUGAAAGAGGAGAAAGCUGCCAAGCUUGAGAAAGAAAAAUCCUUCAAGGAAGAGAAGGAAAAAUGCAAAAAAGAAAAAAUGUACAGGGAGGAGUCUGGGUUUGAUGAGUUUAAUAACAAAGCCCAGUUUCCCGAAAGCGAGGACACGAAGUUCAGCCUUUCGGAUGAUCAGCAGGAAAGGUGGUUUUCAGACUUGUCUUCUGAUUCGUCCUUCGAUUUCAAAGGCGAGGAUAGCUGGGAUUCUCCGGUAACAGAUUUCAGGGAGAUUAAAAACGACACUGUGGCAAAACUAAUCAUAGAGCCAGUGAAAGAGGAAAUUAAAGACAAGAAAAAGGAAAACAAAUCGAAAGAGAAGAAGGAGUACAGCGAGAAACGAAGCGAAAAGGACUCUUUCUUGAAGAAGAAAGAAAGAGACUACGCGGACAAGAGCUCAGAAAAGAAAAAGGACCAAACAGACAGGCACAAAGCUGCUCCUAGUUAUUUGCCUGAAAAAGAUAAGAAAAGGAAGGAUUCUGCAGAGGGUGUCAAGGAGAAGAAAGAGAAAGAUACAGGUGAAACCAACAAAGAUAGAAAGGAUUCCUCUGAUGGCUCUAAAGACCGAAAAGAGAGUAAGACGAAGCAGGAGGAGCCCUACCGGGAUGACUUCAAGGAGUUUGGCUGCGAGGCAUUCUUCAAGGAGAAGUCCGACGCCGAAUUCAGCGGUAAAGCCCUGGAUAGCUGGGAGAGGCACCACUCUGGAAAGGACAAGGAGAAGAAAGAUGCUUCUGAGAAGGAAAAAAAAGAAAAAGUGAAGCCAGAAAAGUACAAGGAAAAAUCCAAAGAAGGUGACAAGGAGAAAAAUGAAAAAGCAGCUCCUGAGAAAAUCCCCAAAGACAAAGAACUAGAAAAGAGCUUCAAAGAGAAGAAGGAAAGCAAGGAGAAAUACAAAGAUCUACACAGCAAAGACAAAGAAAGGAAGAGUUCCUUUGACCAAGUGAAAGAGAAGAAGGAGAAAAGCUUUUCCACGGACCGAGAAGACUUCUCUGAGAAAAAGGACGAGAAGAAGGGCAAGGAGAAGAGCUGGUACAGCAUCGCAGACAUCUUCACUGAUGAAAGCGAAGAUGAGAGGGAUGAUUACAGCUUGACGGGGUUCAAAGUGGGUGAAUCGGUGGGCAGUGAGAUGCACCGCCUGGACAGCCUGCAGGAGAAGGACGAGGGUGAGAAGGAGCUGUACUCUGACAAACACCGCAAGUACUCCUCCGAGCGGCAGCACUCCGGGGAGAAACAGAAGGACAAGGAGUCCAAGGAGAAGAAAAAGGACAAGGGAACAUCGGAAGGGGGAAAAGAGAAGAAGGAGAAGAGCUCCUUUGAAAAACACAAAGAGAAGAAAGAUAAGGAUUCUUCGGAGAAGUACAAAGACAGGAAAGACAGAACGUCCAUCGAUUCCAAUCAGGAGAAGAAGAACAAGCAAAAGCUCCCAGACAAGGCCGACAAGAAGCACGCCAGCGACGAGAAGGUGAAAAACAAGCACAAGGAGAAGCUGGAUAAGGAGCAUUCCAAAGAGAAAAAGUCUUCAAAAGGAGGAGAGCCGGAGAAGAGCCUGCUGGAGAAGUUGGAGGAGGAGGCUCUCAAUGACUACAGAGAUGACUCCAACGACAAAAUCAGCGAGAUCUCUUCCGACAGCUUCACAGAUAGAGGGCAGGACCCAGGGCUCAGCAGCCUCUUCGAGUCUUCGAAUCUCUCUCUUGCAGACGCCUCCGAAGAAAAGUUCAAGGACUCUCUCCCACUGCCUUGCCUGCAGGACAAACUGAAGGAGAAGGAGCGGCACAGGCAUUCCUCAUCUUCCUCAAAAAAGAGUCACGAGAAAGAAAAGGCGAAGAAGGAGAAGACCGAGAAAAAGGAAAAAACAGAUGAAUUCAAGGACUCCAGCAGCAGAAAGGAUUCCACUCAUUAUGAAAAGGAUUUCUCUGUGGAUGGGGAGGCUUUCAGCACUUCCUACAGCAUGAAGGCAGAGCCUGAUGAGGAACCAGAGAAAAGCAUUGAUUACUUAUUUUCUGAAAAGAAAGAUAAAAAUGAUUCUGAAAGAGAGCUGUCAAAGAAGGCGGAAAAAGAAAAGACUUAUGGUUCCAGCACCAUCAGCACAGCUAAAGAGAAAAAGAAGCGAGAUAAACACAAGGAAAAAUGGAAGGAGGAAAAGGAAAAGCACAGAGACAAACAUACAGAUGGUUUCUUUAAACAUCACAAAGAUGAACCAAAGUCAGCGCUUAAGGACAAGGACAGUCCUCAAGUUACCGCCUUCAAGGAUAAAUCGAAGGAGGAGAACCUCAAAUUUGGUGAGACCAAACUGAAGGAGAAGCUCAAGGAGAACCAAGAGAAAGACAAAUCAGAGUCAAUAAAAAUAAGCAAUGGCAAUGAAAAAAUAACCCUUUCCAAAGACAGCGGCAAGAAGGAUGCCAGGCCGAGGGAGAAGCUGCUGGGGGACGGAGAUCUGAUGAUGACCAGCUUCGAGAGGAUGCUGAGCCAGAAAGACCUGGAGAUCGAGGAGCGGCACAAACGGCACAAGGAGAGAAUGAAACAAAUGGAGAAAAUGAGGCACAGGUCCGGAGACCCCAAACUGAAGGACAAAAUUAAGAGCUCUGAAGAUGUCCGCAAGAGGAGUCUGGAUCUGACAGCAAAGAAGCCGUUGGCGCUGGACACUCAGCUCAAGGACAAGAAGCUCAAAGAGCUGGGCCCGCUGACACCCAUCCUGUCACCGGAGAACAAGGCACAGCCCACAGCUGGGGCAGACUCCAAGGACUGGAUCACAGGCCCGCAGCUGAAGGAGAUCCUCCCGGCGUCCCCUAGGCCAGACCAGAACCGGCCAACAGGCGUCCCCACCCCGGCAUCCGUCGUGUCCUGCCCCAGCUACGAGGAGGUGAUGCAGACCCCGCGCACGCCCUCGUGCAGCAACGAGGACUACACCGACCUGAUGUUUGAGUGUGCGGACUCGCAGCACUCGCUGCCCAUAUCCACCAUGUCCAUGAACGCCUGCUCACCGUCCUUCUUCGACAGGUACGCCAACGUUGCGGGGGCCCUCCCCGAGAACCCAGCUCAGACCCCGACUCGCACCAUCCCCUCCUCAAACCUGUACCGCUCCAUCUCUGUCGACAUCAGAAGGGCACCCGAGGAAGAGUUCAGUGUCGGAGACAAGUUUUUCAGACAGCAAAGUGUCCCAGCGACCUCAAAUUACGACUCUCCCGUGCAGCAUUUAAUGGAGGAGAAGGUUCCCCUUCCUUCUGUUCCCGCUGAGAAGUUCCAGUGUCUGUCUCCUGGGUAUUACUCACCGGACUAUGGGGUUUCGUCGCCCAAGGUGGAAGCCCUGCACUGCCCACCAGCGGCGGUCAGCGGGGUCUCCCAGUCACCUGAAAGUGUCUUUUCUGGUUUACAAGCAAAGUCCUCCCCUUCGCACAGAGACGAGCUUCUGGCUCCCUCGGUAGAAAGUGCUCUUCCCCCCGACCUGGGCAUGCCGCUGGAUACCACGGAGGAGCAGCAAGCCACUGCCUCCAUCAUGCCACCAGAGCCCACCUACUUGCCACCAAUUGAAGAGAAUAAUUUUGGUUCAGCAAUGCCAGAACAAACCAGCAUGGACUGGGAUACCCCUCCUGCCCGGAACCCCGACACGGCAAUCCCUCCCAGCCUGAUGGCAAACGCGGCCGAGCACUCUGUUGGCUGGUCCAUGGGCUCUGAGCUCCUGAUGAAAUCACCCCAGCAGUUUGCCGAGUCCCCAAAACCUGCGCUUUGCUCCCUGGAGCCCAUCCAUCCUACGCCAGUCGCCUUCAUCCCCACAGACGCUUCCUACCCCGUUUCUCCCAUCUCGUACCCUCUGUCUGUGUCAGAGCCGGGGCUGGACGAAGUCAAGGAGGACGCUGAGGAAGCGGUACCGGGAGAAAUGGCGAAUGCUGAGGAGCAGGCACCAUACAUGUCUCCCACGAGGCUGGACACAUUUUUCACUGGCUGCAAGCCCCUUCCCGAGGAGGCACCCGAGAUCCCCGCGGAAGCCCCCUGCGCGCCAGCAGAACCUGAGGCAGAGGUGGUCAGUGUGCCAGAAAACACCUAUUUGGAAAACAACAGCACGACGCCGGCAAAUGGCGAGGAGGCAGUGACGUGGCCAGACCCCUUCACCACCACUGAGGAUGAGCUGGACCUUGGCCCCUUCUCACUGCCUGAGCUCCCGCUUCAGCCCAAGGAUGUGGCUGAGGCGGAGGUGGCCGAGGCAGAGCCGGCCGAGGAGGGCAUGGCUGCAGCUCCAGAGGUGAGUGCUGGGAGCACAAAGGCCAGCACAGCUGCCACAGCCAGCGGAGAGGCAGAGGAGCCCGCAGCUGUCCCAGCGGCACCCGUCCCGCCCACAGACACUGAGCCACCAGCCGAGGAGCAGAAACCUGAUGGGGCCAUGCCAGAAGCCACCUCGGAAGCAACGAGUGGGGCAGAGGAGAAAGGAGGGGAGGAGGCAGAGGCGCAGGUGCUCCCAGCUGCCCCGUCAGAGCCCGCCCAGGUUGAGGGCAGAGAGGUGGAGGGUGCACAUGACGAGCCGGCCGCCUCCGCUGCAGUGGUGGAGGGCAGCUCCAGUCCUCCUGCAGCCCCCGCUGAGGGCAGUGCUGGCCCUGAGAGCACCACGGGGCGCACCGGGAGCCAGGGCCCUUCCUCACAGCCCGAGGCCCCUCCAGCUCAGGCAGAAGUUGUUGAGCCAGUGCAGAAACCGGUAGCAGAAGCUCCCAAACCCCCCAAAAUAGAAGAGAUUCCUCAGCGGAUUACCAGGAACCGGGCGCAGAUGCUCGCCAACCAAAACAAGCAGAACGCCGCGGCUGCUGAGAAGGAAUUUCCUGCCGUCCCCGCGCCCACCACCCGCACCAAGGGCCGCGUGACCGAGGAGGACGAUUCCCAGGCACAGCACCCACGGAAGCGCCGCUUCCAGCGCUCCAACCAGCAGCUGCAGCAGCAGAUCAACACGUCCACCCAGCAGACCCGUGAGAUGAUCCAGCAGACCCUGGCAGCUAUCGUCGACGCCAUCAAACUGGACGACAUCGAACCGUACCACAGCGACAGGUCCAACCCCUACUUCGAGUACCUCCAGAUCAGGAAAAAGAUCGAAGAGAAGCGGAAAAUCCUCUGCUACAUCACUCCCCAGGCUCCGCAGUGCUACGCCGAGUACGUCACCUACACGGGAUCCUACCUGCUGGACGGCAAACCGCUGAGCAAGCUCCACAUCCCCGUGAUCGCCCCGCCGCCGUCGCUGGCGGAGCCCCUGAAGGAGCUGUUCAAGCAGCAGGAGGCCGUCCGGGGGAAGCUGCGGCUCCAGCACAGCAUUGAGCGGGAGAAACUCAUUGUCUCCUGCGAGCAGGAGAUCUUGAGAGUGCACUGUCGAGCAGCACGGACUAUUGCCAACCAGGCUGUGCCCUUCAGUGCCUGCACCAUGCUGCUGGACUCCGAGGUCUACAACAUGCCUCUAGAAAAUCAGGGAGACGAAAACAAGUCGGUCAGGGACCGCUUCAACGCACGGCAGUUCAUUUCCUGGCUGCAAGAUGUGGACGACAAGUACGACCGGAUGAAGACGUGCCUGCUGAUGCGGCAGCAGCACGAGGCCGCCGCGCUGAACGCGGUGCAGAGGAUGGAGUGGCAGCUGAAGGUGCAGGAGUUGGACCCCGCGGGGCACAAAUCCCUCUGCGUCAACGAGGUGCCCUCCUUCUACGUGCCAAUGGUCGACGUGAACGAUGACUUUGUGCUGUUGCCGGCAUGACAGUUCUGCACCGGGAGACGUCACUGAACACUGGCACGGACGGAGCCCUCCGAGGUCGGGCGGUCGCGCUCACAUUCACCCUUCCCGCUUGCUGAUGAAUCCCUUGGUCAGAGGAGGAGGAAGCAGCUAUCGGCAGAAAUACAACAAAACAAACAAACAAACAAACAAAAACCCAAUCAGAAACGAAACAAAAAAUUGCACUUUCUUCACAGCGCGGCCCUCAGUGCCGGACUGACGGCGCAUCCCCUCCGUGCCCGGCGGCGGGCGGCGGCGGCGGGCGGUGCUGCAGGAGGUGCUGCCUGGGCACACGGCAGCGCUCUGCGCACGGAGAGGAGACCACGGGGGGGGCAGGGGGCGAUUUUCUCUUCCAUCCCGGGGAUGUCUCCAAAAAGACUGAGUCGAAAGAACACACGGAGACCCAACCGGAGACAAAGGACAGCGGUGCCCACGGGCAGCACGGCGGUGCGGGCGGCGGAGCCCAGCAGUGCCCAGCAGCGCCCGGCGAUGGGCGGCGGUAACGCAGAGAAAGGACUUUGCCAACUGUGUUUUUAAUGGAGUCAAAUCCAUGUGGUUUAUAUAUAUAUAUAUAUUUUUUUUUUCCUUUAAUCUUGGGCAUUUCGUUUCUCUUUCUGAGAACAUAACUUGAAAAACACUACAGAGCCAAUACUCAUAUAAAGAAAAAUUGUAUCCCAUAAAUGCUGUACAGUUUUUAUAUACAUUAACAAUGUACUUUUGCUGCCUUCUAGAUAAUUUAUUUUGCAACACAUUACUGCACAGUUGUAAAUAACUUAUGUACUGUAACAUCACUUUCAGUUAUGUGUAAAGAAAUAAAUAAAUUAAUUAAAA